AUGUCUUGCACAAACCCUCCUCCUCCUCCCUCUUGUGAGGGGCCAUCUAAGCAGCAACAGCAGCAGCAACAGCAGCAGCAACAGCAGCAGCAACAGCAGCAGCAACAGCAGCAACAGCAGCAGCAGCAGCAGCAGCAGCAGCAGCAGCAGCCAGCGGAUCCGCCGCAGCAGUCUCUCCCGCACCCGCACCGCCCCCAGAAGCAGCAGCAGCAGCAGCAGCAGCAACAGCAGCAAGAUCACCGGCAGCAGCAACGGCCCCCGCCGCAUCCACAGCAGCAGCAGCAGCAGCAGCAGCAGCAGCAGCAGCAGCAGCAGCAGCAGCAAAAGGAGCAAGAGGGCAGGCAGCUGGCGGAGUGGUUUAUGCUGCACUGUUUAAAUAAUUCUUUUUUUGAAAAUGAAUUUGAAAAAAAACAAAAAGUUUGGAGACAAACAGAACUGGGAGACUCCCCCAUAGGCCCCCAGCUCUUGGACCCCUCUGGCUUUGCGGAAAUUCUCUACCGCGUUUGGGCGGCAGGGAACUUGGCUUUUUUUAAGAGUUUUUGCAUGCAGUUGGGGCAGCAGCUGCUGCAGCACACUUUUGCUGUUGCUUAUUUGACUCCCCCGCGGUCUUUCACUGUGGGGGCCCACACCGACGCGCAGGGCGUGAUGAUGUCCCGGCUGAUUAAGCGCCUCAUAACGCAACACCGGCUGCUGCAUGAAAAUGAACUCCACGCGAGAAAGGCCAUUCUGAAGGCAAGGGGGGCUGCCCGCGUGGCGGUCUCUGAAAAAGACCAAAAAGAAAGGACAGAAAAGCUGCGGGAAGAUGUAAUUCAAAAAAUUAAUUACGAGGCCCUUUUGGCUCUCAGCGAGGCCCAUGCUGCAGACUUGGAAAAAAUGCAGCAGUCUCAGUAUGAGAUAGCUCAAUCGACUCCUGCCAAACCGCCCGUCCGCUGGCGCUCCCUCAUCAGGCUCCAGGACGGCAUUGGGUGCACAUGCGAGGAAGGAAGCGACACGGCGAACUUCACAAGAGGGACUGCAACGUGA